GGACAUAAAUCAAUUUCAAAAGAUCUAUAAAGUAAUAAUUUUUCACCAGCAAACACUGAACGAAUACUGAAAAUUAAAUUAUGGUUUUCAUUGCUGUUGUUUCUUUUUCAGUCACAUCUGAUCUGGGGGAUUGACCACAAGGCUCCGGCUCCAGAACCAGUCAAAUUGAUUGGCUUCUCUGGACAAGCUCCUAACGACUUCGAGUCUAUUGGGGAGCGGAUACAAGCACAGCAAUCUCAAAUAGCACAAGGAAACUUGCCUAAUUCAGACAUGUCUUCAAUCUGGAAUUUGGACCUGUCAAAGAAAGGCGUCAAUGCAAAACGUAAAGAAAAGAAAGCACUCAAGAAGUACACACUAUUCGAACAAGCUCGGAAGAAGAGCAUGAUGCCACGUCCCAGUACCCUCGGGGAGGGGAUGGGAAACAUGUUUUCUCAGCAGUCUCUUUUAGCUGGCAGAGGAGGGAUGGAUCAGCGGAGGUCCACGACCGUCACCCAAUGUGGUUCUGGUUACCCUACACUCGAGCCUUUAGGUGUGGAUUUCAAGAUGAACUGGCAGGACAACACCAGUAUUUCUUCAAUAGCUGUCCCGAGUGUUCUCAGAAGAAUGUCAAGGUCAAGAACACUCGUACCGUCAAAAACACCCGUCCAUUAA